AUGUACAGAAAUGGCAAGGUUUGGGCUAACUUACCAUUUGGGUCAAUUCAGCUAGAACCUUGGUUAAUCUUUGAAAACAAAACACAAUUUCAUGAGGUAUUCAGAGAUUUUUGCGUACAAGAAGGCUUUGCAGUGUCAGUUGACUAUGCUGAUAAUUACAGAUAUACAGCUAGGUGUCUGAUCAGUGAUUGCAAUUGGAGGAUUCAUGCAGCAGUUCUUGUUGAUAAGGUGAGCUGGGCUAUUAAGAAGCUAGAAGGUGAACAUAGAACUUGUGGGAGGCUGGAAGAGAACCCCAUGGUCUAUUCAGCAUGGCUCUGUAGACAGUUGAGGCAAGACUUAGAGGCAAACCCAGAGACUCCAGUUGAAUCAUUACAAAGAAUGUGCCUGGAAAGGUUUAAGAUCCAAGUGAAGCUCAGAUUGUUUUAUAAAGUGAAGUGUUUAGCCAGGGAGCAAAUUCAUGGUGGUUUUGUAGAGUCUUAUGCAAUUUUACCAAAAUAUGCAGAGAUGAUUAAAGCCACAAAUCCUGGCUCAUAUGCUCUGAUCACAUGGACUGACAAUGGGGUUAAUGGUGAAAGGGUUCUUGAGUGGUUGCAAACCCAUUAUAGGGAUGAUGGUGCACAUCUAAGUGGGUAUUAUAAAGGAAUUAUGCUCACUGCAGUAGGCAUUGAUGGUAACAAUGAAAUUUUUGUAAUAGCUUAUGGAUUGGUGGAUACAGAGAGCAUAAAAAGCUGGUCUUAUUUCUUCAGAAACCUAAGACACUUAUUUGCCCAGAAUGGUUGCCAGAAGGAAUAUUGGACUUUUAUAAGUGACAGGAUGAGGGGUGUUGAACCAGCCCUUUUUGAAGUGUUCCCAAGGGCAACAAGGAGAGUCUGUUGUCAGCAUCUGUACUCAAAUUGCAAGACUGCUGGAUGGAGUGGGACAGAGUUCCAUAAGCUAUUUUGGAUUGCAGCCAAUGCCUAUAAUGAGUAUGUGUAUGACAAAGCAAUGUCAAAGAUAAAGAAGUAUGAUGCAGCAGCAUUUGAGUACAUGACAAAUAUUGAAGAGCAGUGGACUAGGCACAAGUUUGACAGAGUUGUUUGUUGUGAUCAUAACACAACAAACUUUGUUGAGUCAUUCAACUCAUUUACAAAGGACAACAGAGACAUGCCUGUGUUCACUUUACUGGAAGGUAUUAACUGA